GCAACAUGGCGGCAAACACAAAAGUUCUACGCGCUGAGUAGGCUGCUGCGGCGUUCGACUCUUCGCGAGCAAUGUGCCGGGAUUUUCGUUCAUGAAUAGAAAUCUCAGGGAUCAAACUCAAAGUUUCACUGCCAAGUCAAGUGUCAGUGACGUCACGUUCCUGGUGAUAUUAUUAUGGGCCUGCUACGACUACAUUUCAGAUAUUAACCAUGGCAGGAAGAGAGUUUGUUGUUUUAUACACACAUCAGAAGAGGAAGAAAGCCAAGGUUUGGCAAGAUGGUGUCCUCAAGAUCAAUGACCAAGGAACCAAAGCUGAUCUUAUUGGAGCAGGAAACAAAAGGUUGGAUCAAGUUCAUAUCAAAGCAAACCAGGCUGCCAUUGGAGAAGUGCUAGAAAGUGAGAAAUAUUUGAUCACCAUUGAAGAGAGUGUAUCGUCUGAUAAACCAAACCCGGAAGCUGUUAAGAAUGAAAAGGCCUCAGUAAACCAACCUGAUCACAGACCUCAUACCCAGGCUCUAAGAAGACAGCCGCUGAAAAGAAAGAGAAUGGGAUUUGUACCUCCAAGGCAAGUCAACAAGCGACCGAGUCCUGAGAAAGAGAAUCCUCUACAGACACAAGAAAUCCAGCAAUUGGCUACUUCAUCAGGGUUCGAAAGCCCCAGGUCUUCACUCUUCAGUACUCCAUGUACCAAGACAGAGGUAUCUUCGCCUCAGGGUCCAAAUAUCUUGAACCUGUAUGGAAGGAGCACAGUCAAGGCAGCUCAAAGCACUACACAUCAUGCAGCAUCUGAACUACAACAGCCAACAAGAAACAAUACAGGAUAUGAUCCUCAACAGCUUAAGGAUGACUUUCAACCAGAAUCACAGGAAUGGAAUGAGGGCUACCUUGAUGAUAGGACUCUUCCAAGUCAUAAUACAGCCAAUAGUUUCUCACCACAUCCUGAAAGUACGAGCAAGACUGUCAUGGGUGUAGAUCCAUGUGAACUUGAAGUCAGAAGUCAACCAGAAAAGGACUUUGACAUGAGAGGUACGUUGGACGAUCGAGAAGGUGGAAGUGAUCUCUCCAGGACAGAUGCACCUGUCAUGAACAAAUCUUCCUUCUCUAGCGAUCCUAGUUCCACAAAUCAGGAUCUAUGGAGAACGUCUUCUGAACAGGACUGUACCAGCUACAGGAAGCACACAGAUCUUUCAGCUAGUUCAGUCAUGCCAGGCACUAACCCGGAUAGUGUGGAGGCUAGGCUGUCAGAAGAAACCAAAGGCCACACUGGGAAUGCUCCAGGAGCUAAAAGAAGCACCUCUAGAAUUCUUGCUUUGCUUGGUAAGGGGAAGAAACCAUUCCAGCCUCCCCUGAAGCAGAAGAUUUCGCAAGGUGGAGUUACUGACACAGUAUUACAUUCAUCUAUAGGUCAUAUGAAGGAUACUAGUUCUCCGACAACCAUCAGACCACAAGCACCAGUAAAUGUCUAUCAGAGUAAUUACCAAGCAAGUGUGAUUUCUUCAGAACCUGUGGUGCUGGAAAAAGAUGUGUUUGAUGAUCAUCUGUCUUACAAUACAGAAUCACAUCCUCCUGACAGUCUUCCCAUACAUACUUCUAGAGAAUUUGAUGCAGGUCAUAUGAGAAGAACUGCAGCAUCGAUGAGAACGUCACAACAUCACAGCAUCCCCAGUGAGAAUGAUCUUGUGAGGUUGAAGGCCACUAGUGGUCAAGCAGCCGAAGGUGGUCACAGGGAAGCAGCAGUCUGUGAUGAGUCCAGGGUCUCCCAGGAGAGUCCGGCACCGAGGCAAAACCAGCACAUGAAACAUUGUUUGAAUAAAAGAACAGGUAUGUUGAAGGGAACUUUGUCUCUGCAUGCUUAGGUAUCCUAAUUUUUCUAUAGUUUUCCUAUAGUUUUCUCUUAGUCCACGUAUGUAACACAUUAUUGGGCCACUUCUGUAGCAGAUUUAGGUCUU